AUGCUGGCCGCCUGCGCGAACGCGCGGGACGUGUCCGGCCGCCGCGCGGCGUCCCCGAGCAGCAUGAGCCUCGGCGGCGAGGGCAGCGUGCAGGGGGCCAUUGACCAGGUGGAGCGGCGCGCCGCCCGCAACCUGGAGGCCAGCAACGCCGCCAUCGCCGCGCACAUCGGGGCCCUCUCGGAGCGGCUCAACAGGGUGGAGAAGGGCCAGCGCGAGGCCGCGCUGAUCCCGCUCAGCGAGAGGGCGACUCCGGUGCUGCCGUCGCCGGUGCAAACGCGCCGGCAGCACGACGAGGUCCCCGACGUGGGCGCCGCCGUCGACGGCAGGAACAAGAGGGCGGUGGCGGAGGAGGGGACAACGGCGAUCAGGUCGCUUGACCCCGACGAGCAGCAGCGCUCUUACGCAGAGUUCAUCGCCACCACGCAGAAGAACCUGAACUGCAUCGGCGUGCACAGCUGGAGCUUGUGCGCGGCCACGCGGGUGAACGCCACCUGCGCGGGCAGCUGCCUCGCGCUGAUGCCCUCCCUGCUACUGCUGCUGGUGCAGUGCGUCGUGCUGCACGCCAUGAGCCUGGAGUCGCUGCACCCCGCGUGCAGCCGCAACUCGGACUGUCGAGUCGGCAUGUGGUGCGCGCCGAGCAGGUCCUUCGACGGCCUCACCCGGAGCCCCGGCAUGUGCGACGACUGCAGGUGGGCUGGCAGGCUGGAGGGCCAGGAGUAUGAGGGCCUCCCGUCCCGGUACAACGCGGAGGCGUACGCGGUCAUGACUGCAUCUGACCUGGCCGUCGGCGAGACCUUGUCGGACGCCGUCGCCCACUGCGACGCGUACGACGCCGAGCCGGACCGCUGCGACUUCCUGAAAGACUUCCACGAGCAGUUCACGCUUGCCCCGUUCGUUGUCUUCGUCUGCACGACCGGCCUCAUGCUCGCACUCGUCGUCGUAGAUAUGGACAGGCAGGCACAGAUCGCCGACGUGUUCGCGUACCGGGAACGAUCGCGAUCAGGCCGGUUCUCGGGGCCGUUCAUCACUGCCCUGGCGUGGCUGAUCUUCAACCUGAGGAAAUUCGUCUUGCCAGGUGCGGUUGUGUACGCGUUCUCGGCCCUCGUGUUGGCUGGCCCGCCCACGCCAGGCGUGUCACUGCCGGUGUCUUUCGUCCUCAACGGGCUUGCCGUGGGUUUCAUCUAUAACGUCGACAGCCUUCUGGCGCUGGCCUUCCUGGACGAGAACGCGCAGGCGCUCGUCCGCGAGGCCUUUGCCGACAUGGAGGCGCACGAGGAGCUCGAGGGCAAGCCGGACGUGAUGAACGCGAGGGUGCUGCCGUACUUCUUCCACCGUUUCCUGGCCGUGUGCUUCGUCUGCCUGAUCAUCCUGAACGUUCUGACCACGGAAGCCCUAAUGGACUCCUUGAGCCUGUUCAGGCUGGAUUGGGACGAGCUCCCGGGGAAGUUCGUGUCGAACCCCGUGGCGAAGUCGUGCACCAACGUCGUGACCACGCUGGGCACCUCCACAAUCAUCGUGAUCACCUUCGCCGCCGUCCUCUGGAGCGUCACCCACCAGAUCUCCGCCAGCUGCCGACGGUGGGGCCCCCUCGACGUGAUCUUUGCCCCGCUGGUUGCGCUGCUGACCAUGCCGGUGCUGUCCUACGUCCUCCUGCAGAUUGGGUACGCCUCGAUCGGGUGA